GCUCUCUGCGGCCCGGCUUCUAGGAUUGGCCGCUCCGACUGGUCGGACCCCGCCCCCCAGGUGAGACUGGAGGCGCGUCACGUGAGCGGAGCGGGUGCCAGGCGGCGGCGGUGGUGGUAGGAGCGCGAGGAACUAUGAAGCACUAUGAGGUGGAGAUCCUGGAUGCCAAGACCAGGGACAAGCUGUGCUUCCUGGAUAAGGUGGAGCCCAAUGCCACCAUCGCCGAGAUCAAGAACCUUUUCACCAAGUCCCAUCCCCAGUGGUACCCAGCCCGACAGUCCCUCCGCCUUGACCCCAAGGGGAAGUCCCUGAAGGAUGAGGACGUGCUACAGAACCUGCCGGUGGGCACCACAGCCACACUGUACUUCCGGGACCUGGGUGCGCAGAUCAGCUGGGUGACGGUCUUCCUCACCGAGUACGCUGGGCCCCUGCUUAUCUACCUGCUCUUCUACUUCCGAGUGCCCUUCAUCUACGGCCCCAAGUAUGACUUCACCUCCAGCAAGCACUCGGUUGUGCACCUGGCCUGCAUCUGCCACUCGUUCCACUACAUCAAGCGCCUGCUGGAGACCAUCUUUGUCCAUCGGUUCUCACACGGGACGAUGCCCUUGCGCAACAUCUUCAAGAAUUGCACAUACUACUGGGGCUUUGCAGCCUGGAUGGCGUAUUACAUCAACCACCCGCUGUACACCCCACCAACCUACGGAGACGAGCAGGUCAAGCUGGCGCUCAUUAUAUUCCUGUUCUGCCAGCUGGGGAACUUCUCCAUUCACAUCGCUCUGCGGAACCUGCGGCCGGCGGGCUCCAAGACUAGGAAGAUCCCAUACCCCACCAAGAACCCCUUCACGUGGCUCUUCCUGCUAGUGUCAUGUCCUAAUUAUACCUACGAGGUGGGCUCCUGGAUUGGCUUCGCCAUCAUGACUCAGUGUCUCCCAGUGGCCCUGUUCUCUCUGGUCGGCUUCAUCCAAAUGACCAUCUGGGCGAAGGGGAAGCACCGCAGCUACCUGAAGGAGUUCCGGGACUACCCACCCCUGCGCUCGCCUAUCGUCCCCUUCCUGCUCUGAGCCGCGGGGGCUGCUGGGGCUUCGUGUAUCUGUGCAGUCCAGGGAGGAGCCCACCCCCCACAUCUGGCCAGCUGGCACAGGGCUCGGGGGAAGCUGCCCAAACUCACCCAACUCCUCCCUGCUGGGUUUCUGCAGCUGCCCCUGUGCUCCCUUGGGGGGGGUGUCCCCACCACCCCCAGGGAAGCCAACACCCAGCCCUGCUCAGAGCCGAUGCUCUCCUCCCGCUGCGCCAUGCACCCAGAUCUACAGCCCUGCCUAACUGGAAAUGAACCCAGGGAGAAGCUGGAGCUGCCUCGGGCUGGAUGCAGCCACUCAGAGCUGUGGCCUGGAGGGAAGGACCCUGGCCCCAGGCACCUGCCAAUGCAGCCUGAUCCCAGAGGGGCUGAGCGCUCGUGCCCACGGUGGAGCUGGUGGGAGUGGCAGGUGCUCAGCCCCACCGGAGACCAGGUUCCAGCUCAGGAUCAGAGGUGCCUCAUUUCCGGCUCCUGAGCAGGAAGAGAACUCCUUUCCUGGGUCACAUCUCCAUGGCAGGGCCUCAGGGGGCGAGUCCUGGGCUGGGGCCUGGGCCUUGUUCAGCACCCCUCUCCUUCGCAAGAUGCCCAGGGGCGAGUCCUGGGCUGGGGCACGGGCCCUGUUCAGCACCCCUCUCCUUCGCAAGCUGCCCAGGGGCGAGUCCUGGGCUGGGGCACGGGCCCUGUUCAGCACCCCUCUCCUUCGCAAGCUGCCCAGGGGCGAGUCCUGGGCUGGGGCACGGGCCCUGUUCAGCACCCCUCUCCUUCACAAGCUGCCCAGGGGCUGCUGCAAGACACAGCUGGGCUCUGACUUCUGCCCUGCACCCCACGCUGAGGCUGGCAGGGUCUGGUCAGGCCCCCAGCCCCAGGCUGCCUUUCCCAUGUGCCCUGCUGGCCCAGCUGUUAAGGGCAUCCGAGCCCGAGCAGGCCCCAUGGGCAGCGAGUUUGCAGAUGAGUGUUUAGAAUGGUGCUGGCAGAAGUGGGAGUCGGACCUGAGGCAUGUUGGGGGGGGGGCGGGGUGAGCCAGGAGUGGGGUGAUGAGAGAAAGGGGAAGGGCACUAGCCCUGUGUAGGGAAAGCCAGGGGCAGCAGGUCAGGAUUGUGGGGCACUGGCAGGGCUGAGGGGGCAGGGCUACGUGGGGGAGCUCAGUGGGCAGCUGCUUGACUCAAGCCAGCGCCGUUAAUUGUAAGCACAGUAAAGGUUUUUGUUUUGUACCAUUCUUCUGUUCCGUACUUCCCCGGGCCGCUGAGCGGCCGCCCUGGCCCGCCGUCCCAGGCUGGAGCUCAAGCCUGGCUGUGC